AUGAUCAAGAAAGCCACUCUCUUAGGCCUCGCUGGAGUUUCGAUUUUUUUCGUUUUUCUUUGUCAUUCCUUAAGAAACAGUGAAAAAAAUGAUAAUAUUUCAUAUAUUUCAGUAAUAUCUAUUUAGAAUCUAAGCACUGUUGGUAACGCAAAAGUCAAGAAAAUUAAUUGUAAAAGAUUUCAGUGCCCUUGGCUUAAAUACUUACCAAAUGAUAGAUGAAUAGAAAAUUACCAAAAUAAAACAGCUUUGAAAUAUUAUGAUGACGUAGAAUUGAAAUUUGGCUCUGCAGAAAAAAACCUGUAUUGCUUGCCGCAAUCAUUUGGGUAUGAUGAAAAUGAAGCAAAAAUAGUUUUUCCUUUAAAAAAUUACCCAAAGUGCAGAGAAAAGUACCCAAAUCUCAAAGAAUCUAUGUUUAUGAAUAUAAAAGAAAAUACUUUGACAAUGAACUGCACAGGAAAUUUCAUGGGAAAAUAUGUGCUAGGCAUGAAUUCUUAUAACGAGUCAUUUAUAUUGGAAAGUGCGUUCAAUAACCCAAUCCGGCUAUAUAAUGGGCCAGUAACUCUGAAAAAUAACGAAGAAUGGGCUUUAGGAACCUGCGAACCAGAUGGAGAAUAUUUUGAUCAAAUACAAUAUAAGUUUCGUUAUAAAAUGGAGACAAAAGAAAGAGUUUUCUCCAAAAUGUUAGAAAAUCAUAAAAGUAGCUCCUCUAUAGAAGCGCCCAAAAAAUUAAUUAUUCUUUUAAUUUCAAUUGAUUCUGCUUCAAGGAGGCAUUUUUAUAGAAAACUCCCAAAUACAGUUAAUUUGCUAAAUUCCCUUAAUGAUGAGGAAUAUAAGGUCUAUGAUUUUAAAAUCCAUAAUGUCAUAGGAGAUAAUUCAGUGAGAAAUGUAAUUCCUCUAUUUACCGGGAGUUCGAGAAUAUAUCAUGUAGGAGAUAAAGAGGAUGAAUGAAACAUGAACAAAUUUUAUCAUGGAGAUGCAUUGGGAAAUUCUUCUAUUUUUUGGUAUAUGAAAGAAAGAGGAUUUGCUACACUGCUAGGAUUUGAAUUUUGUUCGCAUUAUUUUGCUAACUAUAUGGGUGACAAGCCAGAUAUUGACCAUAUAAUGGGGAAUUUUUGAUGUGGCGCGCAAAAGCAUUGCGGCUACUCCUAUGAAAAAAUAGCUAUUGGGCAAAGAUGUUUGGGAACUAACAUGUCGCACAAGUAUAUGUUUGAUUAUUUAUCAGAGUUUACGUCCCAAUAUAAUGAACUUAACCAAUUUAUUUAUCUUCAUGUAACGGCAAACCAUGAAGCAUCUGGCACCCUUAUUGAAACUUUAGACGAUGACUUAUCUUCUUUCUAUAUUUAAGUUUAUUGAAUUACUCUAGCAUUUUAAAUGCCUAUAAAGUCCCCUUGCUUGAGAUUCAGCUAAAUUAACAGCUCUGAACAACGAUAGGUGAACCGGCCUAACCGUCGAACCGUUAAAGUUAAUAAGCUCGUUAAGACUUCUCUAGUCAGUGCCAGACAUAGCAGUGACCCUUCUCUUCAAAGCCGAAGCUCUCAAGAAGAUUGACUUCUCGCACUGAGCUCGGUAUAUAGGUCCAUCCUGUUCGAGCAGGAGCUAGGACCUAUUCCUAACUGACAUUUUUAAUAUUUGUCUUUUCUAUUAAAUUAUUUUUCUAUUAUUAAAGAGACAGGCCAUGAGUUGGCUUUAUUUUUGCAUGGAGACCAUGGGAUGCGCUAUGGUGAGUGAUAUAGAAACCCAGCUGCUUUUCAAGAGCACCGUCUUCCAGCUUUAUUUCUAAUCGCAAGCGAUUCCAUUCUCAAACGAUUACAGUAUUCUUACGAUAUUUUAUUACACAAUUCCAAAAGAUUAGUCGGCAAACUAGAUCUUUAUUUGACGCUAAAGCAUCUAUCGAAUCUUCCAUACUCUUCUGACAUAUCCCAAUAUUCUUCUUUGUAUAAAGACUGAAAAGCUGAAACCCAAGACAGCUCUAUCAGCUUAUUAUUAGAAAAAGUUCCAAAUAAUCGUGGGUGCAUUGACAUUGGCAUUUCGAACUUUUGGUGCUCUUGCAUGAAUAUGGAUAUUAUAGAAAAAAAUGUUAUUAAUAGUGACUUUUCUUUAAAAUUUUUAAUAGAAAAGCUAAGCGAUUAUAUGAUCGAGCUGAUCAAUGAAGAAGCUUACCUAAACUUCAAAACUUAUAAGAAUUCUAUAUGUAAAAAAGUAACUUUGAAAGAAGUCAUCUCAGUCUACGCACAAAAAAUUAAAACCACAACUGAUGCUUAUAAACUCGAGUUUUCAAUAAAUGAAGAUAAAAAUGCGGUUUUUGAGGCUUAUAUAGUUAUAGGAAAGAAAAGAGGAUGCAAAGAAAAUACUGGUGGUUUUCAUGCAAUUCCGAUAUAUUAUAAGAACAGGAAAUUAAGAGCUGUAGCAAUGUUUUUGAAGAGGAUAGAUAAAAAUGAAGAAAGAUGUGAGCAUGCUGCAAAGGAGAUAGGAGUGAAUCCAGAUUUUUGUAUUUGCAGAGACUAG